AUGCAUAUUCAACGAUUGGCGGCCUCCUGGCCACUGUUGCUUGGAUUGAGCCAAGCAGCGGAUCAGCACUCAUCUUUCGAUGUCCUGGAUUAUAUCGAUCCAUUAAUCGGUACUGCCAAUGGAGGCCAUGUCUUCCCUGGCGCGAGCCUUCCGUAUGGUAUGGCAAAGAGUGUAGCAGAUGGCAAUAAGGAGAUUCAAGGAGGCUAUGCCUCAAACGAUGGUCUGAUCACUGGAUUCUCUCACAUGCAUGACAGUGGAACGGGUGGUGGCGCAUCUUUGGGAAAUUUUCCUCUCUUUGCUCAGACGGGCUGUGUCAAUGACGAUAUCAAUCGCUGCUACUUUCCUUCAGCCCUAAGAGCAUCAGAGAAGAUUAACAGCACAGUUGUGGCGAAGCCAGGCUACUUUGCUUUACAGCUUAACACUUCAGUCAAGGCUGAAAUGACCGUCACCAACCACACUGCCUUAUACCGAUUCUCAUUCCCAACUGAUGGCACCCCAACUAAACUUCCAGCUGAUGGGAAGACGCCCUACAGUCCCCUAAUUUUGGCUGAUCUAGCUGAUCUCUCUGGUUCGCGAAGUGAUGCGAUUAUCUCAGUUGAUGCUCACACUGGUCGUAUCUCAGGUAAUGGUACCUUUAGGCCCUCCUUUGGCAUUGGCACCUACAAGCUCUAUUUCUGCACGGAUUUCCACGGUGCCCAACUCCGCAACACAGGCAUAUUCAUCAACAAUCGAGCCGGGAGCGACCGCAAGAGCUUCCGUGCUUAUGAUGACGGCCAAAACCCAAUUCUGCCAGCAGGUGCUUGGGCUCAGUUCCAUCCUCCAGCCAAUAAUCAGAUUCUGGCUCGAGUUGGUCUCUCAUUCAUCAGCACUGAUCAGGCCUGCCACAAUGCCGAGAAAGAAAUCCCCAACUUCAACUUCGAGUCCGUCAGAUCUGAUGCUGAGGAUGCAUGGCGCAAGAAGCUUAGCGUCAUCAAGGUCGAUAACACAGGUGUAAGCGACUCGCUUCAGAGAACAUUCUGGAGUGGCAUUUAUCGUACUCUUCUUUCGCCUCAGGACUAUACAGGCGAAAAUCCCCUGUGGAAGAGCAACGAACCCUACUUCGACUCGUAUUACUGCAUCUGGGAUAGCUUCCGAAGCACACAUCCCCUUCUUACCUUGGUCGACCCUCACGCUCAAGCUAUGAUGGUUCGCAGUCUCAUCGACAUAUAUCGCCAUGAGGGCAAGCUACCGGAUUGCCGCAUGUCGCUCUGCAAGGGAUUUACCCAAGGUGGCAGCAACGCUGACAAUCUAUUGGCGGAUUCGUACUUGAAGGGCUUGAAAGACGGUAUUGAUUGGGAUACCGGUUAUAAGGCAGUUGUAUCUGAUGCUGAAGAGGAAGGUCAAAUUUGGACUGUCGAAGGUCGUGGAGGAUUGCAAAGCUGGAAGACUCUGGGCUACAUCCCAACCGAUGAUUGGGAUCCCAAUGGCUAUGGUCUUUUCACUCGGUCCAUCUCCAGAACCAUUGAGUACUCAUACAACGACUUUUGCAUUGCCGAGAUGGCUCGUGACCUUGGAAAGCACGCCGAUGCGGAGAAGUAUCUGAAGCGCUCCGGCAACUGGAAGAACAUGUUUGAUCCACAAUCGCGAUCUAAGCUGAACCUAACUGGAACUAAGGACUACAACCAGUUUACCGACAGUGGAUUCUCUGGUUUCUUGCAGCCUCGUUACCUUAAUGGCACUUUUGGCUUUCAGGAGCCAGCCAUCUGUACUGACUUGUACAACUUUGAGGGCUGUUAUCUCAACCCAGGCGGACAUGAGACCUACGAAGCAGGCUCUUGGCUUUACACCUUUUACGUACCUCACGACCAGGCGACUCUAAUCACCACGUUGGGUGGCCCAGAUCAGUUUGUCCGUCGCCUUGAGUAUAUGCACGAUACCCCUGGCUUAUUCUACAUCGGCGAUGAGCAAGCUUAUCUUCUUCUCUUCAUCUUCCACUAUGCUGGACGCCCCGGCCUCUCCUCUAAAUACGCGCACAAGUAUAUCCCCAGUGCCUUCAACGACACUACGAGUGGCCUUCCAGGAAACGAUGACUCAGGCGCAAUGGGCAGCUUCACAGCCCUUACCAUGAUGGGCCUGUACCCCAUGAGCGGACAAGAUGUCUACAUCAUCAUUCCACCUUUCUUCCCCGAAGUUAAGUUCACUGAUCCACGGUCCGGAAAAACAGCUACCAUUCGAAACAUCAAUUUUGAUGCUUCGUACAACAACAUCUACAUCCAGAGCGCCAAAUUAAAUGGCAAGCCAUACAACAAGGGCUGGGUGACGCAUAGUUUCUUUGUCGAUGGCGGGGUUCUGGAAUUAACUCUUGGACCUAAGGAGAAUACGAAGUUCGGAACUGCCAAGGCAGAUUUCCCACCGAGCGCGUCAACACAUUUCUGGGAAUAGACAGGGCGAAGAGAUAAGUGAAGUAUGAUUAGUAAAUGCUGAAAGAUUUA